AUGUGGAAGCGAUUGCAGCUCGCACAUCGACCCAAGGAACAGAUCAUUGGCGACCCAGUGCUAGUCACCUCCACAUUUGACGAGAAGUCGUUGCAGCAAUUGCCAAAUGUGGCACACAUUCACCAUGGACGUUGCGUCAGCGCCAAACCAACUUUUGUGACUAGUGAUAAUAGUGAUGCUUUGCUGAGAGAGCUUCCCCCUCUUCCCUCAGCAGAGAGUCAUGAAAUGUUAAUUCAAUGGCCUAGCAACGUGGAGUCCACCGCAACAGCAUCCCCACUGACGCCCGUUUCUGAACGCAUUGGCAACUCACCUCAAUUUGCGUUGCCCUAUUUAGGACAAAAUAGUAGAGAGGAGCCAGGAAGUACUUCUUCUUUCUCACUGUCUUCCCCCUCUCAAAUCUCUCCUCCUCAAACGCCAGUUCGAAAUUUCAGCCGCCGCUCGCCAUACUUAGGAGAUGAAAGCAGUAUCUCCCCUGGAAGUCCAUCCAAUUGGAGCUCGCCCUCAAGUUCUCCGGCCAUCGAUCGAUCUUCUCGGCGAUCAACAUUUCCUUCAGGAUCGAAUAGGUUUGACCAAGAGCUGUUCACCGGCAACGAAUCCGCGCCCCUGGACAUCUCACAAGAAAUUAUCGAGCCUAGACCAAGAUACUCAUUAGAUCAAGUGGAAAUGAAAGAACCGGGAAGCUCCUCCCGUGCACCUUCCUCGCAGGCAAUUGAGGCCGUGCAAAAGUGGAUGAGAGCACGUUCUAAGUUGAAGGACGUAACUGAGCCCUCCAAAUACACCAUAGAGAGACCGAAUGCUGUUACCAGUCGAGGUGGGCCUGCUGUACGUGACGGACAUCCUGCGGCUAGAAGGGCAGCAUCUGCCAGUGCAGCCUUGCAAAACUCACUUCCAGCGACGAAGCCAUUGACAAUCUCGCCGCGAAACAUGAGGCGGCCAAGUCCCCCAUUGAGCGCCAUAUCUGAGACCAGCACGAUCACCCUGUCAGCGAACAAAGCCAAGUCUGAGCCCUCAUUUGAGCUUCCGGACGAAGUGGAAGAUCAGAUCAAGCCUACCGUUCCGCUCAAGGUUGGCAGGAAUAGUCCACCAAGAAUAUAUACUUCCAUAAAUCGCCACGGACCGCGAGUCACUUCUCCGAGUAGUCCAGAGGAAGAUUUCUCAACUACCUCCAGUCCUCUUUCCAACAACAUAUCCUGGGACAAACCACUCCCUAACUUGAUAAAUGAGCGUCCGGGAGAGCUCUCCUUGAAGAGUCCCGUGCCGACUGACCAACAUAACUUCAAAUCAGCGAUGCAGGAAAUAAACUUCCAGCCUCAUCUUGUCAGUCGUUUCAGCGCUACAACCUAUGCUUCUACCGCGGCUUCUCAGAGUCUCCCUAGUAGUCCAAUUCUGCCUUCGUUCACGGGGCAGUGGAACCCUCAGACUCAGUCAUCUAUAAUGGAUCGAAGUCGGCCAUUGCCAAGCUCUGCUAUCACCAAUGCGCGUGCGACCACUCGCAAACCUGCACCUUCUCGGGUACCCGGGGCUUUGGGGGAGACGAUAAACGUUAAUAAACAACGUCGAAAUUCAAAGUCCCUUCCGCAGUCGCCUCCCGAGAAGGAAUCAGUAGAUCGAAUCACCAGACUACAAGCUCAACUUGAUACUCUCCGUUAUCGGCGUGAGAACAUUCAGAAGAUCGUCCGCGAUUGGACAAUUUCAGUCCCUGCAGGCACUAUUGCAGCAUCUAGAGACGAGAUGAGGGUCAUGGUCGAUCGUCUCAAAGCAGAGAUGGCGGAGAUCGGCCUGGAAGAGCACGAACUUGGUAUCAAACUGCACCGAGCCUGGAAACGGAAGGAUGAAUCAGAGCCGGCAGAACCCACAAGCUUGUGGAUAAGGCGGGUCACUAGCUAG